AGCUGCGCGUGACAAAACAAGCCACCGGCUGCGGGGUUUUUUCACUCGCUCUCUCGCAGUCACACACACGCGCGCACUCUCUCAAACAGUCACGCACAGCGGCACAUAUUCAGUUUAGGGUUUGCCUUCUCGCGCUCUUCUCAAAGGCGCGGUGUUUUUGUUGUUUUUUUUUAUGUAUCUCAUAAGCUUCUGGGAGUGACGGUCGCGAGCGGGAGCGGGGGAGGAAACGCGGAGCGUAGGAUGCCGAACCACUAAAGAACAGCUGCUCCUCGCGUGCCUAGCGCCUUUUAUCCGGUCCAGCUAAAGGCUGAACCGGUCUGUCCAGUGUGCACGUGAACGCGACCACGUCUGCACGCUGAAACAAAGACUUGCCGACCGUCUGUCGAGCAUUCAGAACUUGGACAGCUCCCAUGAGGUGCCGCGUGCGCGAAAGGAAAAACUCUUUAACGGCGUCUCCGAUUGUGUGACAGAGGGAGUGUGUGUGUUGCGGAGAACGUGCUCCUGAGAUCAGUGUCGAGUCUCCAGUAGCUGCCCCCCAGGUGUCCUCCGGGAAUAUGGCCAGCCUGUUCGAGGAUGAGAAACAGCUUUUUGAGAAGUUCUGGCGGGGCACGUUCAAAGCCGUAGCAAUGCCCAGGCCGGAGAGCGUCAUCAUCGCCAGCAUCGCCGCGAGCAGACCCGUGACCAGGUUGGAGACGGUUUCCCUGACACCCAAACCCAGCGAGCCCGAGAAACCAGCAGUGGAGACAACGGAGACAACUGAGAGGAAGAGGCACGUCAAACACAGAAGACACAAACAUCGCAGACGCCACCACGCCCGCAGUGUAUCUUCUGAAGCUGAUAUUUCCCCCUGGCCAACAGCCAAAAGGAAAAAAAAGAAGAAGAAUUCAAAGCAGAAGAGAAGGAGAGAAAGGUCUCCGUCUUCCAGUCCGUCACCCGUCAGGAAGAAGAAGAAGAAGAAGAAGCACUCAAAGAAACGGAAGCAGCACAGGUCCGCUUCCAAGAAGACGAAGCACAGAGCCUCAAACAACAGGCGCAAAAGGAAAGAAGACAGAAAACAUAAAAAGAGGUCUUGGAGUGACUCCCACCACAGACACCGUUCACGGAGAGCAGACAACCGGAGCCCUCGCAGACGGUCUCUCAGCCCGCAGAACAGGUCUGAAGAUUAUCACAAACCUGAUCAUUCCAGCAGCCCUUUGCGGGACCAGAGACGUUUUGACUGGGGGGCAGCAGUCAAGCUGACCAAUAGCACACCCUCUAGGUGCCGCGCUUUGACAUCUGAACGCUCAGUCAAACGCUUGCAUCCUGGGCUUGAAGCGUUAAACAGAACGGCAAUCGUCCAACAUUCGCUGUCCAAUCAGGGCAAAGGACAUGCAGAUUAUGAUUCAGGAAAUGACACGUCCUCCCCGCCGUCUACUAAAACUGGCAUCACGAGGGCAAAGGUCGUGGGAGGCAGGAAUGUCUCGUGUCAGGAGCUAGGGUCUCCGGAGAAGCUCAGGUUUACCAGCAGGGACAACGUGUCCGAUUCAGGAAACUCUCUGACCAGCUAUGACUCAGCGUGUGAGGUUGUCCAGGCUGAGAGGAACCUUCCCAGAACCAAUCUCUGGAGCGUCAAAAGAGAGGAGUCCCGCAGCUAUGCGGCUUUCAGGACACUACAGCUGGACGUGGCCAGUAGAGCUGCUAGGAGCCUGACUCAAUCGGAAAGCAGGUCCCGCAGCAGGACCAGGUCGUCCCGAAGCUCCCGGUAUCGGGACAGCGACAGCGGAAGCAGGUCUCUGUCCUCCAGCCACAGGUCAUAUUGCCGUUCGUCCAGUUACUCGCGGGACUCGAGAAGCGGGAGCGUGUGUAGUGUAAACCGUGGCCGGAGCGACAGGCGUUCGAGAUACGAGGCAGUCAGGAGCGGCGGGAGGAGACCAGGCUCAAGUUCCUGCAGGAAGCAGUCAAAGCGGGACAGGAAGUGGAGCCGGAGAAGAUUCAGCUCUCCGAUGAGGAAGAGGAGGAGAGGUUCACCAAGCCAUUUAGAGGCUAGGAGGAUUACAAGUGCGAGGAAGAGGCCGAUUCCUUACUACAGACCGAGUCCUUCCUCGUCCUCUUCGAGUCGCUGUAGCAGCCUGUCAUCCUGGAGUCUGUUCUCGCUCAACCACAGCAGGAGUCCCAGGCGCACGCGAUCCUCCUACCGGAGUUACAGCCACGCCUCCUCCUGGAACUCCGCCUACAGCAGCCGGAGCCGGAGCCGGAGCCGGAGCUACGACUCGCUGGCGAUCUACAGACGAACUCGUCAUUAACUUAGACACCGACCCUCUGGAGGAAGCUAAGAGAACGGUUUCACGGACGAAUACUCGGAAACGAAACAUGAGGGCGCACAGGCAGGACGUGAUGGCUGGGGUGAUCGGAUUUAUAUCGGUUGCGUUCCAUGUUCAUCCAUCUCGUUCUAGGCAAAAAGGACGUGCUGACGUCAGAGGUAACAGGAAGACAGCUUUGACGCCACUGGGUGGACGACACGGCCAGCACACGACUUUUGUCCUCAUGUUUGUGACAAAACAUCACUUUGGAGGUUGAAGCGGUUUCGCCUUCGUCUCAGCACGGCAGCUGCCACUUCAACUUUAGUUCAGUUUCACGCGCGGUGUAGGCAUUCACUUCACCUGAGCGCGAACCUUUCUCCGCUCCUUCUCUUUGUUUCAAUUACACAGUUAAACAGAUGACCGAUGACCUCUAUUACAGGUUGUGCUGGGCACAAGCUUCUUUGGCGCCUUUUAAGAAUACGCUCGUCCAGCCCCCCACCCCCACCGACACGCCCCGUCAGUCCAAAUGCCACCAGUACUUAUCUACCAGCGAAGGGAAAAGCAAUUCAAGGGUCAGUAGCUGUUAUGAUGACGGUUAUGAUGGAUGGUCAGAUUGUGGCGUGUUGUUUGGUCCAUUUAUAGCCCACACGUCCAGGCAAGAUUACAAGUUUUAUUUUAAGAAAUACUUAUUUGAAAUGCAUUUACUCAUAGAGGGAGCACUUUGAGACCUCUUGAUAAUGAAUAUGGUAAUUGGAUGAACAAGAUAAUUGAUCACGAGAUUGAUUAUCUGAUCGAUCGAUCUGAAUGCACUGCCUUAUUCUGUGGGGAUCUGUUUGCUUUCGUUCUUUCUUUUUAUUCGUGAUCCAAUAUAUUUGUCUCAGAUACACUUCUGGUGGUCAGAACCAUACAAUUUCACAUUCCAUAAUCAAUCUAACAUUGUAUUUAUUGAUUUUUUUAACUUACUGUGUUAGUUAUUUAAUUCAGGGCUGUUUUUAUGUUUUUUA